UUGUUUGUCGUUGCCUGCUAUCUCCGCCGUCUCUUGAGAUUUUUUUGCGAAGAUGGUUCUUCAAAACGACAUCGAUCUGCUAAACCCACCAGCAGAGCUUGAGAAGAGGAAGCACAAGCUCAAGCGUCUUGUUCAAACUCCCAACUCAUUUUUCAUGGAUGUGAAAUGCCAAGGCUGCUUCAACAUCACUACUGUAUUCAGUCACUCGCAGACCGUUGUUGUAUGCGGAAACUGCCAGACAGUUCUAUGCCAGCCUACAGGAGGAAAAGCUAGGCUCACUGAAGGAUGCUCUUUCAGGAAGAAGUGAGAUUGAUUUGAAGCUUUGAAUCAAUCAUCAAUUCAAUCGAAAAUGUUUUUUUUUUGGAUGUUAUGAAUUUUGCUUAUCUGUUUUGAAAGAACUCGGUUGUUAUUUAGAGGAAUAAACCUUUGUUAACUUUUGGAGUUAAGUUUUUUGUCUAUUUUAAUGGUUUUCUUGCUUGGAGAUUGUCACUGGAUCACAUGGAAAACUAAGUAAAAAAAAUGUAUAUAAGAGUUUAUGAGAGA